CUACUGCUUCACUCUCUCCACUUCCUCCACCUCUCACAGCUUGAACUACAGUCAGGUGUAGCAGCUCACUCUGAAACCAUGGCCGAGGACAUGACUCUGCUGUGGGGCUCCGGCUCUCCUCCCUGCUGGAGGGUCAUGAUCGCUCUGGACGAGAAGAACCUGAAGGGCUACAACCAGAAACUGCUUUCCUUUGAGAAAAUGGAGCACAAGUCCAAGCAAGUCAUGGACAUGAAUCCCAGGGGACAGCUUCCUUCAUUCAAGCACAAAGACUAUGUCCUGAAUGAGUCCUACGCUGCCUGCAUGUACCUAGAGAACCAGUUCAAGUCCCAGGGAAACAAGCUGAUCCCUGACUGCCCAGCUGAGCAAGCACAGAUGUACCAGCGCAUGUUUGAGGGUCUCACCCUAAAUCAGAAAAUGGCCGAUGUUAUCUACUACACCUGGAAGGUCCCAGAGGGAGAGAGACACGACUCGGCCAUAAAGAGAAACAAAGAGGCUCUGACUACUGAGAUCAAGCUGUGGGAGGGAUACCUGCAGAAGGCAUCGGGCUCUUUCCUGGCAGGGAAGAGCUUUUCACUGGCUGAUGUGACUGUUUAUCCAAGCAUUGCUUAUCUCUACCAUUUUGGGCUAUCUGAGGAGCGUUACCCGAAACUGACAGCCUACUAUAACGGUCUGAAGGACAGACGCAGCAUCAGAGCCACCUGGCCUCCUACCUGGCUGGAGAACCCACAGUCACAAGACACACUGAAAGACAUCUGAGAUUCAAACAUGCAUCAGCAGACACACUGGAACUGUUCCUGUUGUGUAAUAAAUACCACUCCCUGCAUUGCACUACUCUAGCUGGCUGCAUUUUGAAGAAAUAUACAUUUGCUGUUACUGUGGUUUGUAUUUCCGUGCAUAAUUUGUGACAGAAACAGCAGAUGAUUAUUUUUGUGCUGUUAACAAAAGGAAUAAAAAAUGACUUUCA